AUGCAGCGUAUCUACAUGCACAGCAAUGAACACUUUGAAGUCUUCACCACUGUCCUUGCUCCUCAAGGGAGGUAUCGAUACAGAACAGAAGCUGAAACGAUGGUAGUGGUGCACAGCUACAGGCCCCACUGGCCAGAUGAGCUGGAGCUGUCCCUGGGUGACGUCAUCCUGGUGCUGCCCAAGCAGGAGGAGGAGAGGUGGUUUGGGCGGCUGCUGGACGGCCGGCAGGGCUACUUCCCCGCCUCCUGUGUGAUGGAGCUGAGCCAGACUGCACUCUCUGUUACUGUUCCUCCAAGAAGCUCGGCCUGCGACAACGAUUCAGGUGUACGCAGCAGACAUGGGAAUGGACACAUUCGGCAGGCCCUCAGGAGGGGGAGCAGAGGAGUUGGAGGAGGAGGAGGAGGAGGAGGAGGAGGAGGAGGAGGAGGAGUGGUGCUGGAUGUUGGCCAAGGUGAGAACGAGGGCCCCUUCCCGGUGCGGAGGCCCCAGAACCCAGUGCCGCAGCCCGUGGCCUCCCAGCCUCAGACACACAGAUCCCCGAGCCUUCUCCACAGGAUCUUGUCCAAAUGCCGGAAAAAGAGUGAAUGCCAGGGCGCCACCAACGGGGCCUUCGAGGGCGACUAA